AUGUGUAAGGGUGGAGUGUUCGAAUCCGAGGCGAGAGUGAACGAGAAAAGGAGGACCCGCGGAAUGUGCGCGUACAGGCUGGUUCAAAGUUGCAGGUCGAUCGAGCGGAAGGGGAUGAUAAAGAACACGUAUACUAUAUUACGAAAAGAAAUACACGAAACGAAAAACGUUACGAAGCAAAAGGAAUUUUGUACCAUCCCCCAUCUACCAACUGGUCGAUUAACCCACGUUUCUGAAACAACUUCUACACCUCUACAAGAGGGUAGAGAGAAAGAGCAAGAGAGAUAG